AUGUUGGAAUUUGCUGGUCUGCUCUGUUGGUUGCCCUGUGUCAAGAAGACCGAUCCGAGCCAAGAGAUCGAAAUAGAACCCGUACUAAUCCAGAUAACUUCGUCAACAAGGCUGCGAGAAAGCAGACUGCUGUAUCGUAGGGUGCAAACGAAGAUCCAAGAAUUACUUCCCUUAGAUCAGCCGAAAUUGUUUAGGCAGAAAUUUUCCUACUCUCUCUGUCUCUCUGUCUCUCUGUCUCUCUCUGUCUCUCUCUCUCUCCGUGUGACUUUCCGACCCAAACCACGAAAUACCCAGCCAUUUCCUCUCCUUCCCACCGGAUCGUUCUGGGAAGAUCGAUACACUGCUGUUCGGAUCAAGAAUUCACAACGUGGUGAAUGGUGGUGGUUCCUUCAGUUCACCGGAGGAAGAUCGGGUGGAUUUCUUUUUCGGCCAGAACCACCGGGGAGACAGGACAGAACUGCAACAGGCAGGGUUAUUACGUUCGACUAA